GUAUUUCGAGAUGCGGCUGCCCAUAAGCUUGACGUCAUUGCGGCGCGCUUCACAGUUCGCUGGUGUCAAGGAUCGUGCAAAAUACAUACCACGACGAGCACUGCUUUAUGUACCGGCUAGCAAUCAAAAAAUGUUGGAUAAAGUGCCUAAUAUGCAGGCGGACUGCGUCGUUUUGGAGUUGGAAGAUGGUGUAGCUUUGACGUCUAAAGCUGUGGCACGCACACAAGCGACAAAAGCACUUGACACAUUUGCGAACCAACAGUUAAAUUGUUUCGAAUUGGGACUUCGUGUGAAUUCGGUGGCGAGUGGAUUAAUUGAGGAUGAUGUAAAGGAAGUAUGUAAAGCGGAACAUUUGCCACAAGCAUUUAUGGUACCGAAAGUGGACAGCCCUGAAGAUGUCGCCAAAAUUUACGAUGUAUUUAGAAGUAACUACACCGCUAAAAGAGUAACAGAUACUAAUACCCGACUAGUCAUAUGGAUAGAAUCGGCUAGAGCACUUCUCGAUAUGCCAAGGAUAUUGUCUUCUACACUUAAUCUACAUAAAAAUUCUGGAUUUUUCAAAUUAGAUGCUGUCGUGUUUGGAUCCGAUGAUUACUGCGCUGACAUAGGUGCUACACGUACUCCUGAAUGCACAGAAGUUCUUUAUGCUCGACAACGAUUCGUGGCGUGCUGCAAAGCUUUCCAAUUACAAGCUAUCGAUAGUGUUUACAUUGAUAUUAAGAACACAGAGGGACUGAGGAUACAGAGUGAAGAAGGUCAGAAAUGGGGUUUCACUGGAAAACAAACCAUUCAUCCCCUACAGAUCCCAGUCGUGCAAAAAGCAUUCAUGCCAUCUCCACAAAAAGUUGAAUGGGCAACCGAACUGGUGCAUGCAUUCAGUCAACAUCAAGCUGAAGGCAAAGGAGCAUUCCAAUUUCGUGGACAGAUGAUUGAUCGACCGUUGCUGCUUCAAGCUCUCAACAUCAUACAACUAGUUGAAAGUGUUGGAGGUUCUGCGAAAGACUGAGGAUUGAAUAGUAGUUGAUAGAGGAGGUAGAAACAGUGCAAAGUGCCAUCAAUUAUCUGGCAGCGUCAGAAUAACCCCUAGUCUGAUUUCUUAGGCGUCGGAUUACAAAGACUCACAUCUAAUUUUUGACAGAGCAGGGUAUGGGUGUU